AAAAUCGACAUUGACAUGUGAUUGACAUCGACAAGCAUUUGUACACUAACCCUUAAAACGCGGCUUGUUUGGAGUGUUUUUUUUCCAAUAAACCCUUUAGAAACCGCACAAACAGGAAAAAAACAUGAAGCUAGUUCGGUUUUUAAUGAAAUUGUCCCAUGAAACGGUGACGAUGGAGCUGAAAAACGGCACCCAAUUGCACGGCACCAUCACGGGCGUGGAUGUGGCCAUGAACACGCACCUGAAAGCGGUGAAGUUGACGCCCAAGAACCGGAACCCCAUCAAUUUGGACACGCUGACGAUAAGGGGCAACAACAUCAGGUACUACAUCCUGCCGGACAGUUUGCCUUUGGAAACCCUGCUGAUCGACGAUACGCCAAAGGCGAAGGCCAAGAAGAAGGAGGCGGCCAGGGGCGUAGCAAGAGGCAGGGGUCGCGGUAGGGGCCGCGGAGGCCCAAGGGGCCGCGGAAGAGGCAGAGGCAGGCGAUAGUCGAACAUAGAGGAAUCCCAACGGAACACUAGGUUUAAGCGAUUAGUUUCUAAGACUCACAAUGAAUAUCAGGAAAUUUUGUAAGUUAUCACGAAAGGAAUAUACGUUUUUUGAGGCCGCUUCGAUAGAUAAACAACCUUUUGCUUAGACACAAUAUAGUCUGGCUGUGCCAGAAGAUAGUGCCAAUUUCAAAGGUAAAACAAUGUUCGGUGCCAGAGCCCGAGGUCGGCCCAUAAAUUAAAUUAGCCAAAAUUCAUUGGCCCUCCCAGCGGUUGUUUUCUCUAAAAAUAWMGCUUUGAACUUUUUA